AUGGCCGACCACCCGGCGCCCACCUUCCCUGCGGUGUUCGGCGGUGCACGUGCUCCCACAGCGUUCGUGAGCCGCAACACCGCCGCCAUGGGGCUCAUCAUGACUUCCUGUGCGGUCACAGUGGUCUCCGGCGAGUCAGAUCCCAUGCUCUGUUUGGGCAUGUUGGCUGUGCUCCUGCUCGGGGUCUCCCUGAUCAACAUCGGAGCUCGUGGUGAAUAA